UAUCGGUAUAUAAGCUUCAUGUAUACAAUAUGUAUUCUUCAGAACUUUAAUGUUCACUCAUUGAAUGUUUAACGAUUAGUUAGGCAGGUGUGUAUAUAUUAUAUGGUUAUGAAAAACUUUUGUAAAGAAAAUUUACCAAUAGGAUUGCAGCCAUAAACCUAAAAAGUUGUAGCCAUAAAUUUAAAAAGGUCUGUUAUCAUCAUUGCUGUCCAAGAAGUUUGUCUCUGUGUUUAUGUGGUUUACAUAGUUAUAUAAACAAACUUUUAAUUCACAAAGUAUAGCAUGAGACAUGCAUUGUUUUUUAAGAGUUUAAGCACCCGUAAAGAGUAACAAAAAGCACUAAUGUGAAGAAAGUUUUAUUACAGUGAUUUUAAACCCGUUAAUUAGUGCCGUGUUGUACCGAAUAUGUCUUUUCAACGUAACGUCCGGCAGAAAGAAAAGAAACGAACGGAAUGCAUCAACAAGGCUUUUUCCGACCUUAGAAAGUGUAUACCCAACGUACCGUCGGAUACAAAGCUUUCCAAAAUCAAAACCCUACAUCUGGCGUCUUCCUAUAUUGCUUAUCUAUCGGACAUAUUAAAGCAUUCCGAUACCGGCGACUGUACGGGAGGAAAAGGGUUCCGCGCCGACUUAAAGGCUUUGAAAUCCCGCGAACGUAGAAAGAGUUUCAGAAAGGGUUUAUCAGACACUCAUAACGGAACAGGUACAACUCAUCUAAUUAAACGAGCUUCCAAUGGUGGAACUGGGACAUGUGGUACGGCAAGUGACGACCCAGAGAAACCUCGGAAGGGGAGGACCGGGUGGCCGGAAAAGGUUUGGGCCCAAGCGCUUGAUAUAUCAGAACACCAAACUGCGGACAGUCUGGAGCAAAAACAGAAAAUGGCGCCGAUGACACAGACUGUACAUUCGAACUCGCACUAUCAGCAGGAUGUAUCGCAUCACUACGGCGCUCUGGUUAGCCAGAGCUCAUUUUACACCAAAGUUGAUCUUGUGUUAAAAGACGACGACAGACCUUUGAUUCAAGUUCCUUUUAACACGUACACGCAACCAACCCAGCCGAUUGUCCACAACUCGAACGACGCUUCUGCAACUGCUUAUUUUGAAAAUGCGUUCAACGCCAUGGGCAACUCGGUCUCGCCCAGCGUGAACCAAUUGACUUACACCGAAGUAGGGUCCGAUUAUUCUCCGAGUUAUUUUCGCUCAGAAGAUGCCCUUCCAACAAUCAUGCAAGCGCCACUGUUUCAUAAUUUUCGGGGAGGCACGUUACCCUCUAUUUCGACACUCUGCUGCGGUGAUAAACUGACCAACCCUACAGUUGGCACACACUUUGCGCCUUUCAUUGAUGUUAACACAAGCAUAGUUACCGGGGAAAAGAUACUUGUAGACACCGAAACUUCUGAAACUGUGCAAGCUCAAUCAAGCCCCCAGUUAACUGAGCUUCAGCCAGUAUCAGUGGUAAAAAUACCUGAAUUAGAACUUGUAUAUUCGAAAACUUUAGACCCAAGAGAAAUUCCGGGACACCAACAAGUUAAAAGUAUAUGAAAAAGUGAAGGGGAAAACUAUCAAUGUAUGUAUGGUAGGGUGGGGUAGGAUGAAACAUAUUUUUAUAAUUUUUCGUCCUAUAUUUGGUAGUAAACAACGAACAUUCACAGAACUAUAAAACCAUAUGCUUACGACUUCUAUAAACCGUUGUUAAUUGUUUAAAACACGGUCAGAAUAUUUGAAUAUUACAUGCUAAACGUGUCCCGUCUUUUCGUACCCAACUAUAUAUUUAAAAGUUCAAACCUAAUACAAUAUACGUGCCUCUGUUGGUGUUGCUGGCCAAGACAACUCUCCAACCUAUUAUCGUUUAUAGUAAACUGUGUUUUACUGGUAUUUAAUUUUCCCAAAAUUGUAGCGUUGGCAAUAAGGCUCUAUCCUAAAUCCCAGUUCAUAUUUUACAAACAAUAUAAACAGGAAUACAGAAAAUAAAUAUUUGGUUGCUAUAUAGUGUGCCAAUUUUUUAGUAAACCUUCAAUAAUUUCUGAUAAAAAUAGAGUGCGUUUGUAUUGCCCAUGUGUGCGCUUUUUUCCACUUUAGCGAAAUAUACAGCACAAUACUUUAAACGAAAAA